GGCGGCGGCGCCAUAAAGGGAGGCGGCGCGGCCGCGCACCUCAGUGCGAGCUGCGGCAGCGCGCAGAGCGGGAGGGCAGCGGCAGCGCUCGGCAGGCUUCCCCCUUAGCCCCGUCCUUCUGUCUGCUCCUUGGAACCCGGCUUUCUCCCGCCCGCCUUCCAGCAUGAAAGCCUUCAGCCCGGUGCGGUCCGUCAGGAAAAACGGUCUCUCGGAGCACAACCUGGGCAUCUCCCGGAGCAAAACGCCCGUGGACGACCCCAUGAGCCUGCUGUACAACAUGAACGAUUGCUACUCCAAGCUGAAGGAGCUGGUGCCCAGCAUCCCGCAGAACAAGAAAGUCAGCAAGAUGGAAAUCCUGCAGCACGUUAUCGACUACAUCUUGGACCUGCAGAUCGCCCUGGACUCGCACCCGAGCAUCGUCAGCCUCCACCACCAGAGACCCGGGCAGAACCCUUCCUCCAGAACUCCUCUGACCACCCUCAACACAGACAUCAGCAUCCUCUCGCUACAGGCGUCCGAGUUCCCCUCAGAGCUCAUGUCAAGCGACAGCAAAGCACUUUGUGGCUGAGCCGAACGCUGUAUCUGGAGGAGGAGGAGAAGACGACAAUAAACAACUCCACGUUAACUAAAAGGACUUUUUAAAAAUAAAGAAGAAAGAAGAAAAUAAAAACAAACCUAAACUCGAGAUCUUUAUCCUCCCCACCCCUCAUUCUUCAACGUGGACUGAACCUUAGUUAUUUAUGAAGAGACUCUUGAAUGCCCUUUCCCUAGAUGGAAGGCUUCCUUUAUAUACUAUUCCCGACGUGGGGAGCGACACACACACACACACCACAACGGCACCAACAGAAGCCUCACAAGGAGCUGCCCUUUCUCUUUUUCCAAGCAGACUUUGCCUUUUUCUUCCAAAGGUGGAGCGUGAGUACCGAGAAGGAAUCCAGCCUCCAGUUCUCCUGGGAGAAACCGGUGGUCAGAAAUGUUAACCUUCGUUGUUUUGUGGUUUGGGUUUGGUUUAUUUUUUUUUGACAC